AUGAAGUACGCCAUGGACGAAGUCGCCUGGGGAUGGAUCCCAGAGGUGUGGACAUGGUUGUACAUAGUCUCUCAAGACAUUUGGGUUGUUGUCCUCCUCUGGGCGAUGUACGCGCACGGCAACCUCAAGCUGGGAAAGGACGACGACGAGCCAGAGUUUAGCACUGCUACUUGGUUCUCGAUGUUAUUCUGUUGCGGUGUCUCCACGGGCCUGUUCUACUACGCGGUGGCGGAGCCGAUGUGGCACUAUAAGGGCUCGGGAUCGCCAAGGUUCACCUCUGGGACAAAGGGGUACGGCACUCUAGACGAGGACGCGACGCACGCGCUGAUGGUGUGCGUCUUCCAUUGGGGCUUGCACGGCUGGAUCCCCUACGUGGUGAUGGGUGCCGUGCUGGCUAUCAUGAGCUACCGGCGCGGAUACCCAAUGACCGUCCGCUAUGCGUUCGUGCCUCUCAUCGGCGACCACGUUUACGGCUGGAUGGGCGACUUCGUGGACGCCCUCUCCAUCGUCACCUCUAUCGCGGGUGUCUGCACUUCUCUCGGCUUGGGCGCCAUGUCGAUCAACGCCGGGCUUCAGCGCCUCAGCUGGGGAUCAUUCCGUGGUGUGAACUACGCCAUUCCAGACGAACAGAGGUACGCUGAUCCUGGAUGCAAUGGACAAGGAUAUAGUUGCAAUGAUGGAAUUGGAGAGGAGUCUUUUGGCGUCCAGCGAAACACCACGACCCAGAUUCUGGUCAUCCUGAUCAUCACUUGCAUUUCAACCGUGUCGGUGGUGUUGGGCCUCAGUCGAGGUAUCAAAUUCCUCUCGCAGUGUGUCUUUGCGAUGGGCACUUUCUUGAUACUUGUUGUAGCGUUGAAUGGCGAAACUUACCUCAUCCUGGACAACAUUGUUCAGGUUACCGGCUACUACUUGUGGUAUAUCGUCAAAAUUGGUUUCCAUUGCGAUUCUUGGGAGCGUCUCGGCGGGAAAGACAUGGGCCUCGGCGGAGUUGACAAGGGUGGCAGUCCCACGUGGAUAAUCGACUGGACCAUCUUUUACUGGGGCUGGUGGAUCUCCUGGGGACCUUUCGUCGGCACUUUUAUUGCGAGGAUCUCCAAGGGCAGGACUCUUCGUGUGUUCAUUAUGUCCACGCUCAUCGUGCCCACCCUCUAUAGCAUCGUCUGGUUCUGCGUGUGGGGCACCGAGGGCAUCCGCAUGCAGCGCAUGGCAGACACGAGCGGCCUUUGCAAUCAAUCCGACGCGGGCAACGGGGACUGGGCUGCACAGUACGAUCUGGAGACGAAGACGAACUUGAGCAUGGGCUGGACCCCCGCAUGCGUACUGGACGACGCCUACCACGGCGGCUAUGGCAGGUGCAAGAGGGUGAAGUUCACCAGCUAUGUGGACCCGUCUAUCGACGGCAACGGCAAGAAGUGCGUCAAGACCACCAAUUGGGUAACCGUUCCUUGCGGCGGCGCUGACGAUCCCACCUUUGUCAAUACCACGUACGUUGAUCUCAUUGGCACUGAGUGCGCAAACUACAUGAGUGAGAUAGAAGAAUUGGCCGCUGAUAACUACAACAAGUUCCCCGACGCCGAGCAGCACGAUUGCUUCGUCCCCCUCCAGGACGGCACUGUGUGCUUGUCCAACAGGGCCACGGCGGACAUUCUCUUCGAUCAGAUCUCCAGCUACGCCCCGCGGGGCUACUCCGACAUGUUGUGCACGCUUACGCUCAUCAUUUUGACAUUCUACUUCGUAACCUCGUCGGAUUCCGGCUCUUUCGUGGUGGAUAUGCUGGCCUCCAACGGUCACCCAGACCCGCCGAUGUUCCAGCGGGUCUUCUGGUCCUUCACGGAAGGCGCCACGGCCAUCGCUCUGUUGUAUUCGGGCAUCAACCACCCGAACGCAGACGCCUCGCUUCGUGCCCUGCAGGCUGCGUCCAUCAUCGCAGGCCUGCCCUACACGUUUGUCAUGUUCUGGGCCACGCAGUCGCUGGUCAUUCUGGUCCGGGAGGAGAGCGGAGCGCUCGACCCCAACCGGAAGGCUUUCACGACGUUCAUCUUCAACAUGGAGUACAGCGUGAAUCAUCUCAAACACACGGCCGUACCUGGCGUGCAAAUGGCCAAAACCGUAGUCGAGGUCGGCAAGUGGCCUUUCAGCGGCGCUGGCGACGGCCCCACUUUUGUGAUUUGGUGUGUCUUCUUCUCGGUGCUGUACUAUGCCAGCAUUAUCAUCACCAUCUGCGCCGCGGCCAUGUACCAAUGGGCGCUCAUCGGUUGCGCACUGUACAUCGGAUUCGGCACCUUUGUGGGCCUGCUCCGUAAUCAUGUGCGCGUGACUCGGUUCAUCAAGAAUGGCGACCUUCCCACUGAUUUGAUGUGCGGCCUCUUAGCGCCCAUGUUCACCCUCACCCAGAUCGAGGUUGAGUUGCAGGAUGGACCCCUCGAGAAGAAGGACGACGACCCUGCAGAUGAUAACAAACGGGUCUGA